GGCGGGUUUUCCAUUCCUUGCGUCAGUACGAAAAAAGCCUUGCGAUCGAACGGACGCUCGCACGUAGAGACGCUUCCUCAUACACUUUCGUAUCGUUGCUCGCCAAGCAGAGAAAACAUACGAAAGGACGAGAACGAGAAGUUUUGCCAGAUUUUCGCGCAAUUUUUGAAGUGCAAAAGAAGAAAGUUAACAGCAAACUGUGCUAAUUUGCUUACCAAGUAUCAAAUAUUCAACCGUGGCAAAGAGAAAAGUGUGUUAAAAAGAGAUUCGGUGGUACCCGCUCUGCUUGUGAAAAGGAGUCAUCCCAUUUUUGAUGUGUUUUGGGUGAAAUUCUAAUGCAAACGUGUUGAAACCUGAUAACACAUACUUUUUCCUACGGUUGUGCGGUGCGUUAUGGGCAUGUUCCUUUAUUUUUUGGUUGGGUUUAGUUGCUUGCGAGUAAAAUAAUCUAGGCGAAAAGUGUCCUCUUGCCUGUUCCGAGUGAAACGAAGUAAUAAAAAAACGCAUCAUUUUGCUGUUAUCAGCAGUGGCGGAUAGCGCAAAAAAAAGAAGAAAGAUAGAGAUAAAGAUUCAUUGUCUCAUUGUGUUUGUGUCCGCAUGUGAACGAAUAUUCGAAUCCGCAUCCAAUCGUGUGUACGGGAAGUGGAAUUGCGAUAGUGUGGUAUGUUGGUAUGUUUUGCAAAGGAUCCUGUGUGCAAUCGUGCUAUCAAUCCAUCAACGUUUAGAGUGUGCGUGUGCGUGUCACAAAGCAUCAGGAUAAUUGUGGCUAACUUAUAGAGCCGAACGAAAAUGAUCGAAAACUUCGAAUCAAAGAUAACGUUCGAAAUACCGACGAAUCUCGACUUUGACAAGCUGAUCCGUGGUAACAAUUACACACUCUUCUGGCAGAACCUUCACCAGCAGCAUCAGAACGCCGCCAGUGGAGCGGCGGCAAGGUUAGCGGCAACCGGCGCUGUUGGAUCCGGCACAUUCGGCGGCAUGGCUGAUGGCGGCAGUUUCGGUGGGUUCGGCUCGUCCGGUUCCAGCCUGUUUGGUGGUAUUGAUUACAGCAAUGGCAGCAGUGACUAUGGGCUGCUAAACAGCCUCCAAUCGUUCGCUAACCGGGGCCGGGAUGGGCUCGGCGGUGCCGGCACGGACCAGAUGCUCGACCCGACGUACGAGCGGUUUAUCGGUGAUGUGUGGGUUGGCAUCGUGCUGACGCUCAUGAUCCUGUCGUCGAUCUUCUGCAUGUGUUCCUGCUUUCUGUAUCACAAAUUUCGCCAGUGGCAACGAAACGUACUGACGGCACGCUCGCAAACGCUUUCCUCAAUGGACAUUGAAACGCCACCACCGUACGAUGCGGAAUCCCUGCCCAGCUAUACGAUCGUGUCAGGUCUGCCGAGUUACCAGGAUGCAAUCGAGCAGUUAAAGCAAAAGCAGAUGAAGUACUACGAACCGGUCAAAGUGCACCGGCCGAGCGUGAUGAAGCUGUUCGAAUCGCAGGAUCUGCUUGGUGCAACGACACCGUCAUCCACACCGAACCCGGCCAAACUCGAAGAGAUCCGGUACAACUUUGUGCGUCCAUUAGCCGUACAGGAGCAGCCACUGCCGGAACCAACCACUAGCACUGGCCACCAGUCUGGAUCAUUGGAUCAUCCGAUGCCACCGCCACCACCGUACAAGAGUCAAAUUUCUACCAUCUCCAACGCAUCGUCCACGCAUGGAGUUAGCAGUAUGGUGGUGGAGUUGCCUGCCCAACACGGCAUCCCGAUCACCACGAUACGUCUGCCACAGAAGAAGCUGGACGUGUGCCGCUACACGAUCGAACACGAGCGAAUGGCCGGUGGACGCAGUUGAAGAAGCGAACGGCUAAGACUAGCCACCAUGAUAUACACGCCAGCGGAAUAGAACUUUAAUACGAAACAACUCGAUGAUUACAAAUCACUGACUGUGUUAUUAACGAUUAAUUUAUUAGAUAGUACUAUUGUAGGGCUUCCUUGCGAGUGGGAAGAACUGGAACAAGGUGAAAGAUCCAAGAGACGUGUUCGUUUUGCUUACGUGAGAGAAGAAAAAAAAUGGCGGAGAUAAUGCAUGUGUUCAUUUUCAUUUCCAUUGCAAAAAAUGACAGAACCGGUUAUCCACGGUUAGUGCCAUUUCCAAUGAUGCGUUGAGAAAUGUAGUGUCCUUUGAAUUUGACAACUUAACGAUCCGGGCCGUUUUUUUUCUCUACAUCAUCUGGAAAACGCAAACACUUUAUCCUUCCCUUCUGCUGUUUUUCCCUCGUAGAAGCAUUUAAGAACUAAAUAGGAAGUUGUAGUGCAAAAAAAAGAAGCAAUACGUGUAAAUCAUACUUACACACAUUGUUAGCAGAUUUUGGUUUGCGAAAACACCGCGUGUAGGGGUUAGUUCUUAAAACGCGGACGAAAGAAAAACUUCAGUCUUAGAGUAUAUACUAUAUGUGUGAGUGUGCUAAGGUAGAACAAUGCGCAAACUGGACGAUAACGUGUAGGUGGAGGAAUGUUUAAAAAAUACCAGAACUAUACUUAUACACAUUGCCAUCAUAUUUCGUGUUUCCUUGCAAAUCCGCCAGUGCUAGGUUAAAGGAAAUAAUAGAUUGUAGAACAAUACAGUUCAUAGUCCAUCGUCGAUAGAGAUCCGGAUUAGAAUUGCGGAAUGAUAUAUUUACACAUAAAAAGAAGAUUGUUUAAACAAAAAAAUGAUGAUGAUAAGCAGCCGCCAACGUGUUUUGAUUUGGUUUUCCCAAAGAAAAAUAACAAAAAUCAUGUUCAAGCGAGCUACGGGAACGGCGGAAAAGCGUGUUGUAAUGGAAAAGUUGUUUCGGUGAUUAAAGGAAGGAAACUUAAAAGACUCCCCAACUUUUUUUUAAUUAGGGAAAAUGUAAGAUUUUAUUCCAUUUAGUAACAUUUUUCCGGAAAAAUAAUUGUAAAAUGAUGAUUUAUAUUUUGUUAGUGAAAGAAAAUUUUCAUGUACCAAGCUGGAGACGGUACUUGCCCAUCCGUUAUUCUUAAAGCUACAUACACACACACACAAAGAUGGAACGGAUGGAACCAUAACUCUCCCCCUCCCUCUCCAGUGUUUAAAACGGAAGCUCAAUAAUAAAUUGUGUUUUGCGCGCGAGUGAAAAUUGGAUGCAAAUUUUAUGUAAAAACGAAAA